UUAUAUAUAAAUUGUUGGCCGCAUACUAUUUUAGUAGUUUAUAAUAAAAUGAAAUUUCAUGGCCCUAAAUGCAAUUAGAGAACUUUGAUAAUUCGAUCUAACUUUGGGGAAAAUGCUACGAUUUUUAACAAUUUCAAUUCAGCGCUGUAAGGUUCUCUCUCAAAUUGAACGUAUUCUCUCCACUCAGCUCUGAGCAAUGGCGGCAUCUGGCAGAAGAAACGGAUUAACAAUGGCGACGCAGCUCAUCAGAACCCUAACCGCACCCUCCAAUUCUCGAAGCUUUACUGGCAUCGUCAGCACCGAGGUCAUCACCUCCCACACCGAAAAAUGGAUGCAGGAUACAAGUAAAAAGUCUCCAAUGGAGUUGAUCAAUGAAGUACCACCGAUCAAAGUACAAGACAGGAUUGUUGCUUGUGAAGGAGAUAAUAACCCAGCACUGGGGCAUCCAAUUGAGUUCAUAUGUCUCGACAAGGCAGAGCCAGCUAUCUGCAAGUACUGUGGCCUGCGCUAUGUGCAAGAUCAUCAUCAUUAAACCAUUGGAUCAAUUGUUAAGCUGUUUGAAGGUUUAUAAUCAAUCGCGUUAAACAGAUUCAGAUUGAUUUUCGAUUUUCUGACUACAUAAUGUUUGGCUUGUGAUUGCCAGUUUCCGAACGAUUUUGGAUUUUCUGACUACAUUAUGUGUUGGCUUGUGAUUGCCGUAUUUUCUCGUCUCCUUAAAAAAUAAGUAUUAAUUUUAAACUUCUAAAUGGAAUUUGUUUGCUUGCGUUGUAUUUGUAUGUACUCAUCACAUCAGCUGAUUGAUAUUUUUCUAGGUAAAUUACAUUAAAUAGUUGUUGACAAAUCUAUAGUAGAAACAAAAAUUGUUGCCAUGAAUGAAUAGGCAAAUUUAUUUUGCUGAAUCUUACUAUCUCAUGGUUGUAGUGAGUUAGCCACCGUAACCCACACCAAAUUUUUCCCUACUUACAGGGGAAAAACAAUACCAGCAUCUUCCUAGAUAACAAAAUUCUGGGCCCUUUACGAAGUCUAAAACUUAACAUCAUACUAACUAGAAUUUUCAUUCAAAAAAGUUAAAAAAAAAAUAAAAUAAAAAAUACAAUAGAAGCCAAAUAGAAUUCACAAUGA